AAACCCAUAACUCUUCUUUCCUCUUUUCUUCUCCUGCUAACGGUAGUUUUGACGCCGGUAGUUUUUCUCUCCGUCUAUUGAUUUUUCCCGCUUCACAAUCACAACAAACCCAAAGAAGAAUGUCUCGUGUGGUCGCAGCAGACGACAAUAUGGCGUUGCCGUUCUUCUCGCCGGAGUUUGGCAAUGUCUCAGGCGCUUCGUCUUCUCCAACGACGUUCGCACAGCUCUUGCAAAACGUCGACGACACGACGCGUCGUAGUCAUGACCAGCAUCACGUUGAUGUGGAUCUCACCUCGCCGGACCAAUCCGUACCGUUCGUUCUCUCGUUCACCGAUCUCACUUACAGCGUCAAAGUUCGCCGGAAGUUCACAUGGAGACGCAGCGUUUCUUCAGAUCCCGGAGCUCCGUCUGAAGGGAUCUUCUCUUCCAAAACGAAAACGCUCCUCAACGGAAUCUCCGGGGAGGCUAGAGACGGAGAGAUACUAGCUGUGCUCGGAGCAAGUGGCUCCGGAAAAUCCACGCUGAUCGAUGCGUUAGCGAAUCGAAUUGCUAAAGGAAGCUUGAAAGGAAACGUAACUCUAAACGGAGAAGUUCUCAAUUCGAAAAUGCAGAAAGCUAUCUCAGCUUAUGUGAUGCAAGACGAUCUUCUUUUUCCGAUGCUUACAGUUGAAGAAACCUUAAUGUUCGCCGCUGAGUUUCGUCUCCCGCGAAGCCUGUCGAAAUCAAAGAAGAGUCUCCGUGUUCAAGCCUUGAUUGAUCAAUUAGGACUAAGAAACGCGGCGAAUACCGUGAUCGGAGAUGAAGGCCACCGUGGAAUCUCUGGAGGAGAGAGGCGGCGAGUUUCAAUCGGAAUUGAUAUCAUCCAUGAUCCGAUUCUGCUUUUCCUCGAUGAACCAACCUCUGGUCUUGACUCUACAAGUGCUCUAAGUGUCAUUAAGGUUCUUAAACGAAUCGCUCAGAGUGGAAGUAUGGUGAUCAUGACUCUUCAUCAACCUAGUUACCGUCUUCUUCGAUUGCUUGAUCGUCUUCUCUUCUUGUCCCGUGGCCAAACUGUCUUCAGCGGAUCGCCUGCGAUGCUACCUCGCUUCUUUGCUGAGUUUGGCCACCCAAUUCCCGAACACGAAAACCGCACUGAGUUCGCUUUGGAUUUGAUCCGUGAGCUGGAAGGAUCAGCUGGUGGAACAAGAAGUUUAGUUGAAUUCAACAAAAGUUUUAGACAGAGGAAAGCAGAGCCGAGAACUCAGACGGGUCUGUCCUUAAAAGAAGCCAUUAGUGCAAGCAUCUCCAAAGGGAAGCUCGUCUCUGGAGCAACGACAACUACAACUCCUGGCUCGAGCCCUGUUUCCACCAUUCCAACAUUUGCAAACCCGUUUUGGGUCGAACUCGCGGUUCUAGCCAAACGGUCCAUGACUAAUUCUCGCAGACAGCCUGAACUAUUUGGGAUACGUCUAGGAGCUGUUUUAGUCACUGGAUUCAUCUUAGCCACAAUGUUUUGGCAGCUAGAUAAUUCCCCCAAAGGAGUCCAAGAACGCCUUGGAUGCUUCGCCUUUGCAAUGUCCACAACGUUCUACACUUGCGCAGAUGCUCUCCCCGUUUUCCUCCAAGAACGUUUCAUUUUUAUGAGAGAAACCGCUUAUAACGCUUACCGAAGAUCCUCCUAUGUACUCUCUCACUCACUCGUUGCCCUCCCUUCCUUGAUCAUCCUCUCGCUUGCUUUCGCAGCAAUCACGUUUUGGGGUGUGGGCUUAGAUGGAGGUCUCAUGGGUUUCCUCUUCUACUUCCUAGUAAUCUUAGCCUCUUUCUGGGCUGGAAGCUCAUUCGUCACCUUCUUAUCAGGUGUUGUCCCUCAUGUCAUGCUCGGUUACACCAUUGUGGUAGCCAUCUUAGCCUACUUCUUGCUUUUCAGUGGAUUCUUCAUCAACCGAGAUAGAAUCCCUGGCUACUGGAUCUGGUUCCAUUACAUAUCUUUAGUCAAGUACCCUUACGAAGCUGUGCUCCUAAACGAAUUCGGUGACCCAACAAAGUGUUUUGUCAGAGGAGUUCAGAUAUUCGACAACACACCUCUCGUUGCGGUGCCUCAGGGGAUGAAAGUUAGGCUUCUAGCAACUAUGAGUAAAUCACUUGGGAUGAGGAUCACAAGCUCUACUUGCUUGACCACAGGGUAUGACAUUUUGCAGCAGCAAGGCGUUACGGAUCUCACAAAAUGGAAUUGCUUGUGGGUCACGGUCGCUUGGGGCUUCUUCUUUCGAAUCUUGUUCUACUUUUCUCUGCUUUUGGGUAGCAAGAACAAGAGGAGGUAAAAACAAAACUCAGUUUUAUCUUAUGGAGGACUGAUUUGAAACUUUGGUUUACCUUUGUUUGUUUUCUGUAUUUUUCUUUUAUUUCUUUGUUGUAAAUUCUUAUUUGUGGUUGAUAAAUUGUUGAAACUACU